AGCAACCUAACAAACGCGAAUGAAACUUCAUUGCGAGAUUCGCUCACAGUGACACAUUAAAAUCCUUUCGAACAUUGCAAUUUUGUUCAAAGUUCUGAAUCGAAAUGGAAGAUUUUAACGAAAUUUUAGAUUUUAUUAAAGCUGUCGGGUACGAUGGAAAAAGUGUAGCCGACGAAAAGGAUAUCUCAGAAAUAAUAAAUGAUGGAGCCAAGUCCAAGAAAUUUCGUGACCUUAUGGCAUGGAUCACGGACGAGAUAAGAGUUCUGGCGAAUAUUGAAGAGAAAGUUAGCGGCGAUGGUGAAAUCAAUGAUUUCAUGAUAGAGUUGUCCGGAUUCUUAAAAGAAAUGUUGUGUCCAUUCCAAUCGUUCAUUUCCGGACCGGUUUCGCAGCGCUUUCUGUCGGUCGAAUCGCGAUUGAUCAUAUUGGAUUAUCUGCUGACUGAACUAAUGGCUAUGAAAAUGUGCCACAAACUGAAACCGAAAGAGGCUGUUGUGAUCGAAGUGUCGGAAAGUCCAGCUGCUGCUGCACUGAAAAGUAUCGCUACAACGUUAAAAAUUGGCAAACCGCCGAACAAUGUGCCAAUCGGUGUGGUGUUUGAAAAAAUCAGUACGAAGCUUACAGAAGUUCUGCAGAAAUGUGGGCCUGCUCAAUUGGGCAGUCCGUUAUUUAACCCUGAUAAGCCAUUACUGGAAAAACAAUGGAAUCGACUUGAGGAUGUGCGAAAAGACUUGGACACUGAAUACGACCUCCGACGGCAAAUGUUAAUCACCCGAUUAGAUGUUACGAUUCAAUCGUUUCAGUGGUCGGACAGAACGCAAGGUAAAGAGGAUCAAAUUGCCGCUCGUUACACUGGUCCCCGUAAAUUUUUAGAAUCCAUUCAAUACGGUGGACACCAAACGGAUAUAGUAGCGCUGUUAGCAGCAAGAGACGAUGUGGCUAUCAUCGAAAAGACUAGCUGCGCAAAUGUACGAAAGAAUACUCAAGCAUCUAUUCAGAAACACGUAAUCGGAAGGGUACCUGAUCGAGGCGGUAGAGCUUAUGAGCAUGCUCCACCACCUCCAGAAAUGCCGUUCUGGCAGCAACGAAGCGCUGGAGGACAACAAGGAGGAGGCCGCGGAGGAGGAAGGGGAGGAGCUCAACCUCAACGAUCUAAUGCUCAAAACGCUGGUGGAUAUCAACAAAAAGGAAACUACCAACCACAGGGAAACAAUCAACAACAAGGAAACUAUCAACAACCACAAGGAAAUUAUCAACAGCAAGGCAAAGGAAACUAUCAACAAGGAAAUUAUCAACAACAGGGAAAUUAUCAACAGCAAGGAAAUUAUCAACAGCAAGGAAAUUAUCAUCAGCAACCGGCUGGCGGUUAUAGUAACAACCGUGGAUCGGGGCGAGUUCAAGGUGGCUGGUCACAAGCAGGCGCACAAAGUUACGAUGGUAAUGGUCAACAACAAGGUGGUAACAGAAACAGUGGUGGCUUUGGAGGUAAUGGUGGAGAUAGUAAUUACAAUUCUGGUGGCUAUAAUAAUGGAAGAGGUCAAUCGAAUUACCGUCGCGGAGGUGGUGGUGGUCGCAGAUAAACUGUCUGAAAAUGAUCUUUUGUCAACAUUGUAACAACAACUUGAAUAUUUUAAAUAAAAAUUGAAUUGCUGUGAAACUGAAAUUU